AUGACCGCCUCCCUGAAUCCUCGUUGGGUAGACACUGUUAUGUUUGUAUAUGAAAACAACUUGGAUGAGGUCAGCAAGAAUAUGGAGGGUCUCGUGGGUGCCGGUAAUUUCGCAGCCAACCAGUGCAGAAAUCUGAUGGCUCAUUCCGCCUUGGGAGGUCAUCCUCCCAGUCUCGCACAUGGAUCUGGUUACUCUGCUGUGGAUGUGUCUGGCUCUGGGUCCGGGGAAGCGGGAAAACAGUGUGCUCCAUGCCCGGCUGUUCCUCAAGGCUCCUCCACAGCCCCUCUCCCGUAUGGUUAUUUCGGUAAUGGUUAUUACUCAUGUAGAAUGGGGAGGGGUUCGCUGAAAUCUUGUACCCAGCCUAGCGCCCUCUCCAGCUAUUCCGCUGAGAAAUACAUGGACACCCCAGUUCCAUCCGAAGAAUACUCUAGCAGGCCAAAGGAGUUCGCAUUUUACCACGGUUAUGCCAGUCCGUAUCAGCCCAUGGCGAGCUACCUGGACGUUUCUGUGGUGCAGACAAUUGGGGCAGGAGAGCCCCGGCACGAGACUCUGCUGCCAAUGGACAGCUAUCAGCCAUGGGCGCUGACUAACGGAUGGGGAAGCCAGAUGUACUGCGCGAAAGACCAGGCACAGACUGGACAUCUGUGGAAGUCUGCACUUGCAGACGUAGUGGCCCACCAACAGGACGCCAGCUCCUUCCGCCGCGGUAGGAAGAAAAGAGUACCUUACACCAAGGUGCAGCUAAAGGAACUGGAAAGAGAAUAUGCCGCCAACAAAUUCAUCACGAAAGACAAGAGGAGAAAGAUUUCUGCAGUAACCAACUUGUCGGAAAGGCAAAUAACUAUCUGGUUUCAAAACCGGAGAGUAAAGGAAAAGAAGUUCGUGGCCAAACUCAAGAACCCUGCUCCAUAG